CGGUCAGCUACCCGCUGAUUGGACAAUAGUCACAAUGCCCCCCGACGGUCACUGCGAUCCUAACACCAGGUAUAAAUAGCCACCAAAACGCUGCUGGGCAUCCAUUCAAGUCAUCGAACAUUGUUACGUUCUGAACUUCGCUUCCGAUUUAUUCUAAACUCAUCAACAACAUCAUGUCUGGCAGAGGAAAGAGUGGAAAGGCCCGCACCAAGGCAAAGACGCGCUCAUCCCGUGCAGGGCUCCAGUUUCCAGUGGGACGUGUUCAUCGGUUUCUCCGAAAGGGCAACUAUGCAAAGAGGGUCGGCGGUGGAGCUCCUGUCUACAUGGCUGCCGUCCUAGAGUACCUCACUGCCGAAAUCUUGGAACUCGCAGGCAACGCUGCCCGCGACAACAAGAAAUCUAGGAUCAUCCCACGCCACCUUCAACUCGCUGUGCGUAAUGAUGAAGAACUCAACAAGCUUUUGGGUGGGGUGACGAUCGCUCAAGGUGGUGUUCUGCCCAACAUCCAAGCCGUGCUGCUCCCCAAGAAAACCGCUAAAUCAAGCUAGAGUUUGCUCCCGGCAAUCUUGAAACCUCAACGGCCCUUAUCAGGGCCACCAA